AUGGUGUCGUCGGGCGCCAGCAAGCAAGAAGCGAACACAACGCCGAAGAAAAAAUGUCUAGUCCACGGGAGUCAAGGGCUCCAAGAACAGCAUGUCGUUCGAAAGAGGACGGGUAGGACCCCGCGCCCUCCCUCCCGCAGAGUGAAAGCGCCGGCUAGGUGGACAGGGUGCAUGGACCAGGUGUUUGUUUUUUUAGUACCUCAUGGCUUGCCGUGUCCGCUGGCCUUGAUCCAAGCAGCUUCGAGCUUCGUCCAGCCGCUCUCCUCCUCGCCGGCAAUGCCUAAGAAGAAACACCAAGCCAAGUUUGCAAAACCGCAAUCCACCGCUCCGGCAUCUCUCGGCGCAUCCGCUUCCAGACCCAUCCCUCCAGCUUCGUCCAACCACACUCCCCCCUCGGCUCCUACCUCCUCCGCCUUUGCGUCUACGACAUCGUCCAGCGGCCCGAUCACCCUGCCCCCAAACUUGCGACAGAUCCUCCAGAUCCCAGAAACCCCUUCACCCUUACCGAGGAGGCCGCUCAGGAAUGAUGCCAACGGAAGGAGGCUGCCCCCCGGCCCUCGCGCUCCCCAGAGCUGGAGCGUCCAGCGCAGCAACCUCGCCCGUCAGCUGGGUGGUCACUCGACCGAUCAUGCGGUACAUGCAGAGUUCCACCAAUUGCCCGGCACAUAUGCGCCCGCUCGAAGCUCCAUGACAGACCUGCUGUUGAGGAAGAUGGCUCUGGAGUGGGAGUUCCAGGGCGUCUAUAAUCAGCACUAUCUGAGCUCCCUGCACAGUCGUCUGCGCUCGUCUCUGAUCGCGUACAUUGGCACGGCGGAUGCUAUGACGAAGGGAGGGAUGCAAAUUCUAGUGUCGGAGGCCGUUAACGAGCUCAACAAUGACCUUCUACUAUUCUCGAUUUGUCCGCUCAUCACACACAGUCUAUCGUCGCGAGCUGACAGACGUGCUCUUCCCCCUCGGCUCGCCGCACUGUCGAGGUUGUGCAGGACUCCUGGGACACGGCUGACGCGCCGUCUCUGCCGCCAGGCUCCUCCCCAAAUUGACACACCUGUCGCUUCGCCUUGCGCCCCUCGAACACCCCCACUGCUUCGUGGAAAGCAACUGCUUGCCCUGGCGGCCAAGAUCCCGACCCUCACGCAUCUCAGCCUGGCCUACUGGCCUGAGCCCUCGCUCACCCCGAACGCCAAAUUCUCGACAAUCGCUGGCGCGCAGGGUCGCGACGUGCCCUACAGUGGCACGGGGCCCUACUCGCAUACCGUGGACGACGACUGGACAGAGGCCAUCAUCCUGCUGCGCAGGUUGAGCAAGCAUCUCUACGGACUGGAGUACCUCGACCUGACCGGGUGCUCGGCAUGGUACUCUGUGCUCACUUACGACCAAGACGGUGAUAGGAUCGACUGGGAGGGGCACUGGGGCAAGAUGACGACACUGAGACUCCGGUAUGGUUUUCCGAUAAGCGAGAAUACGCCCGAAGCAGACCGUGAAGCGCGGGCCAAGGCAUUCGCUGUCGCGGAGCAGGUGGAGAAACGGAUCGUGGGCAAGCGGGCUGGCAAGGGACGGUUCAUUACUGUGGAAAGAGAUGGUAUGGAAAGACAUGCCUGA